CUCCUUCUCUCCUCCAUCCAUCCCCUUGUGCCUGUCCUUUCUAUCUCUCUCUCGACCUCCCCUUGCUUAUUUGUUCUCUUUCGUAACAGCUCCUUGCUGACGAUAUCUGUAUUUGCUGGACCUCCUCUCUGGUCGGCGUCCAUUCUUUCAUCAACCUCCACGCUCCCUACCCAUCUGUCUCUCUAUUGGCUCACUCUCUCUUGACGCUACGUGCACGUGAGGACCGCAAACAUGAACAAAUCGCCCAGGAAUCCUGCCAAGCAUCUUUCUACAGAGGACAUUGCUGAUGCUGCGCGUCACAAGCUCCUGAACUACAAGAUGAAGACCACCAUUCAACCGGGCGCAUCGCCUCCGCCGAUAUCAAAACUAACAUCUGGCACUGCAUCUCCCCGUAGCCAUCGUCACUCAAGAGGUCCAUCAUUAUCCUCACCUGCGACCAAUGUUCAGCGUCAUUCACCUCCUUUGGCUCCUUCCACGCCUACGAGUCGACCACCGUCGUCCCAGACAAGUUCUCGUCCGCAAUCCCACCAUCGUCGUAACUCUUCUGUUUCAACUCGGCGAGAGUCGAGAGAAAUCAUGGGUGCAUCCUCCCUCCCGUCCUCUCCGCGUCCCAGCAACGAACCAGCAGCCGGUCGAGACGACGCAUUACGUACACUCGAAGGUCGGCGGCCAUUAAGCUUCGUCAAGGGGUUCGAGCAGGUGGUUGUACCCGACUGGAAGACGCCGACGGUCGAAGCGAAAUUCGACUGGCCUGCACCUUCGAAAGCGCCAUCAGGAAGUGCAGCAUUGGGAUCCGCAUCCCUUGCUGGAAAGAGAGAUAGCUUCGGCAAAAGUCUCAUUGCGACUUCCAGCCUCAAAGAUCAACUGCAAACUCUGCUUGAGGAGGAGGAGGAAGAAGAAGACGAAGGAUCGACGCACAAGAAAGUCCCCGUGGCUCCACGUGCUCUGGUAUCAGCUAAGAACUCUCCUCAACGUCAGAGGCCGACGAAUCUUCGCCUUCAGCCUGCCGUUUCUAUUAUCUCGAAGAGAGUCAUCGCAGAACAGGUUCACGCUCCGCGUCUUCGACCGCUGUCCCUCACAGCUUCGUUACCCUCCCCCGCUCUGACCCCUUCUCCGCGCCUUUCCUCUGGAGAGGAGCCUACAAGCCGUCCGCCUUUUGCCCCGUUCACGACCUUGCCUGUCAAUUUUGCUGCGCCUGCUACGCCAUCACCUCCUGUUCUGCGUACUCUCUCUCUGGCAUCCGCUACCCUGAACCCCUCCCCCGUUACCCCAUCUGUGUCGCCUUCUGGCCAGGCAGGUAUCGCCAGUCCACGAUCAGCAGUCAUGUCCUCCUCAGGUUCCGCAGACAGCACCAAGCAGAUGCGCCGCAUGAGCACGCUUUCCUACAGGAGCUCUCAGAGCUCCUCGGCCGACCGUUGUGCCUCGCCCGCAUUCUCGCUGUCUUCUUCGACUGCUCUGGAACCCACUGGGCUCAAGUCCGUAUCCCCCGCACCACCGAAUCAAGACCGAGCGCUGCAUCUUCAAAUUACCUAUCUGCAGCAAGAGAACGCCAGUUUGCUUGCACGCAUUGCAAGGCUCCAGAAGUCGUUAUCGCGCAAGGAGAACCGGGACGACAUCGCAGAACAAUUGCGUGCACGUGUUACCGAGUUAGAGCAGCAAGUGAGCUCCUUGAAGGGGCGUGUCGACAUCGAGCGGAAAGAAGCCCUCUCCGCACAGGAGGUGGCGCGUAGACUGGGCGAACGCCUCUGGGAAUCUGAGCGUGCAAGGGAUGCCACGGUGUCUCAGGCAUCCUACUCAAACCCCACAUCCCCAUCCUUGCCUCAUUCGAAGGGGACUUCUGCGAGUUCGCCUCGUUCUCUCUUUUCAGGGCGCCCCACCUCUGGCGCCAGCAGCUUGUGGGGAAGCGUUGGCAACCAGAGCAUGGGCAGCAUGACCGACGUUGAAGAUCAUUUUGGAGCACCCACCCCGGCGGGCGACCUCGGGGUCUUGCCCGAAGAGGACGAGAGCGAGUGUAUCGAAGGAGAUCGUCACGAAGAGGACGAGGACGACACACAGGAGGUGGACUCAACCCAUCAAGUUGGCAUUGAAGUUACUCUUUUGCCGGAGACAGCUUCCCCAGGUUGUGCCUCGUCCCCACCAUCAACACGAUCCCGGGAUAGCAUGUCUGCCUACUCCCUAUCAAGCGCCUCCACAUCAGAAAUGGAAGCACAAAGCUUGGCUGUUCUGGAAGGCAUGGCAUCCCAGGGUGAUGAGUAUUUGGCUGGUGAGGGUGCAGAAGGUUGGGCUGGACCGCUUCACGACAUGGAAGACCAACCUGGAGAACGGGUAGAAUCUGACGAGUCUUUUAGUUCGCUCCCGAAUCCGUAUGACGCGCCUAAUAUUCCGAGAACUACUCUGCAGCCAAGUACGCUGGCACGAUUUACAGGAGCUCCAACACCUGCUACUCCAACAACACCCACGCCCAGGACGCCCACCGUUGCGUCUCUUCAAACCUACUCCCAGACGCCUAAACCUUCACUCUCAUUGAAGCACGCGAAGACGGCAUCGCAAGCAGCGAUGAUGUCGUGGAAAUUCCCCACCGGUGCGGCGAAGGCGAGCAAGCCAACAAACGAAGAAGAAAAGGAUCGAUUCUUUGCUACUCUAGACGAAGAUGUGCCUCGCAAAAGCUCUAUGGGCAUUAUGGGAAAGCCCAUGGGACGUAAUAAGUCUCAGCCGAAGAAGUCUGUCAUGCGCCCCUACUUGGGUGACGACGACUUUGAAGACGUCCUUUUGACCGGCUCAUCUUCGGUGUCAAGUGUUCCCCAUCCAAUUCCGACGGCUGUAGAAUCACUCAGAGCGAAGGAGACCGCCUCAGUUCCUCGUGUAACGAGGCCUCGAGUGCCUUCUCCGAUAACCGCCCCCGUUCCUACGUGGUCUCUCCGGGCACCUUCACCUCCUCGAGCGACGUCUGACUCAGUCACUCGUGUCACUUUACAGUCCCGUCAACCUCCCGGACCGUCUUCUCCUGCAUCCGCGGGCACGGGCUUCUCGCUCACGAAGUUGACCUCCGUCUUCAGUUCAUGGGUUGCUCCACCUUCUCCGGCCCCGUCAGUCCCACGUAUCACCAUUUCGACCCCUCCUGCACCACCUUCGCGCCCUCCUCCGUAUUAUGGUCCUGCUGAGUACUCUCCACCCCAUGUAGCCUGUUACACUUCAGGCAACCGUGCAGUUGGAAGGGAUGCCCAGCCUAGGCCACUGCCCUCCCCGUUGGAAAAACUCGACUUUCGGGGUGGUGGAUGCCGAUACUGUGAAGGGAACGUCAUUGAACUUUGAUCCAAUCUAUUAUGAAGAGUGAAGGACUCGUUGCGAACACUAUAACCAGUACAUAUCUACCAUUGGAUACGACCAUUCCCCUCCUUUUCUUUUCAUCUUGUCGUGUUCUUGCGCCGCUUCCCCUUCAUCAUCCAUUCGUUGUUUCCGUAGUGAUGCCAUCCACGCUAUUUUUAUGCAUCACGGCAAUUCCUUCCUUCCUUCCCCCAAAUAGCUUGCUCAAAGCAGCGUGUACUGUGAUAUCUCAACGAUUUGAAUGGAUAUCUGUGAUAUUCC